UUUGUUUGUGCACGGCCAGUCCUUUUUUAAAAAAAAUCCUUUUAGACAGAGAGAUUGCUGAACUUCUCUACACUCUCCUUCUGUUGUACUCUUGAACAGCACCUUUCCUGCAGCUCCUGCUACAGUACCUCCUGUGUUCCUGUGCUGGUAUUACACUGCACCCCCUUGGCCUGUCUCCUCUUUCUCAGCUUCUCCCCCCUGCUGUUUUUGUUGGACAGUUUCUCAGCUUCUCUUUUUGCUUCACUUUUUUUCCUCAGUCUUUUGAUUCCUAUUAUACGCAGAAUUACUUCAGCACCUUUUGACUCAACAAUCCAGUUUCUAAACUGGUGGUGCAUUUUAAGUUUCUUUUCAAUCGGCGGGUGAAUUUAUGAUGAGAGAGCAAAAUGGAUGAAUUCCACCCCUUCAUCGAGGCCCUGCUGCCCCAUGUCCGCGCCUUUGCCUACACCUGGUUCAACCUGCAGGCCCGCAAGCGCAAGUACUUCAAGAAGCACGAGAAGCGCAUGUCCAAGGAGGAAGAGCGUGCAGUGAAGGAUGAACUGCUGGGGGAGAAACCAGAGAUCAAGCAGAAGUGGGCCUCGCGCCUGCUGGCCAAGCUCCGUAAGGACAUCCGGCCUGAGUUCCGUGAGGACUUUGUGCUCACCAUCACGGGGAAAAAGCCCCCCUGCUGCGUGCUGUCCAACCCCGACCAGAAGGGCAAAAUCCGUCGCAUCGACUGCCUGCGCCAGGCCGACAAGGUGUGGCGCCUGGACCUGGUGAUGGUCAUCCUGUUCAAGGGCAGCCCCCUGGAGAGCACGGACGGGGAACGGCUGGUCAAGUCACCACAGUGCACCAACCCUGGCUUGUGCGUCCAGCCGCACCACAUCGGAGUGUCCGUCAAGGAGCUUGACCUCUACCUGGCCUACUUCGUCCACACGCCAGAAUCGGGACAAUCAGACAGCUCCAGCCAACAGGGGGAUACAGACAUUAAACCACCGCCCAAUGGGCACCUGAGUUUCCAGGACUGCUUCGUCACCUCAGGGGUGUGGAAUGUGGCAGAGCUUGUCAGAGUGUCACAGACUCCUGUAGCCACAGCAUCAGGUCCUAACUUCUCACUGGCUGACCUGGACAGCAGUCCUAGCUACUACAACAUCAACCAGGUGGCUCUGGGGCGACGCUCCCUCACCUCCCCUCCUUCCACCAGGUCUGAGGUGGAGUUGUACGCAAACCUUCCACGGAGCUCCACCAAGAGGAAGUCAUUAGAUGACAGUGAGCUGGAGAGCCCCACAGAUGAUGUUUUCUACCCUGGACGCUCGCCUGCUGCCAGCUCCUCCCAGUCCAGCGCGUGGCCCAAUGACAUGGAUGCAGUGCAGCACCAUUUGGCGAGUGUGCAGGAGAGGAAGAUAAAACAUGAAAACGAUGGCGUGCAGUUUCCUUACCAUGGACUGUCCUCGCCUGGUUCACUUAAGAAGCCGGGGAAGUUUGAUUUCAACGCCCUGACUUCCCAGACGAGGUCCCCCCGCAUGGCGUUCACACACCACCCGCUGCCUGUGCUGGCAGGAGUGAGACCAGGGAGUCCCCGUGCCUCAGCCUCAGCCCUGCACUUCCCCUCCUCCUCCAUCAUCCAGCAGUCCAGCCCGUACUUCACCCACCCCACCAUACGCUACCAUCACCACCAGGACCCGCUUAAGGAGUUUGUGCAGUUUGUGUGCACUGACGGCACAGGACAGCCCAGCGCACAGCCUAAUGGAGGUGGCCAGAGCAAAAUGCCGGGCUCCUUCCUGCUGCCCCCGCCACCCCCGGUGGCGCGCCCUGUGCCCCUCCCCAUGCCCGACUCUAAAACCAUCAGCACGCCCACUGACGGCGGACUCAGCUCACCCGCAUCUCCGUCAUACUCCACGCCAGGCUCCACAGCUCCCAACCGGUUUGUCGGCAUCGGAACACGGGACAACUUUCUGAAUAUCCCCCAGCAGACUCAGUCCUGGUUCCUCUGACAAGGCCUCUCUGAAUCAACAGCUAAAAUUGUGUCAUGAAAAUUGGAAAUUUGAAAAACAAACACACUCACUGCUGAUUAAGAACAGACUGCUGACACUAAAAAGGUCUUUCUCUCUCGCCAACACUAUUCAAAGUACUACUACAGAACCCCAAAAAACCCCACCCUGCCCCUAGAGGACUCCCAAUCCAACACAAUUUGAACAGGAACGUUCGUCCCCCUUUAUCCAGGAGGUUUCAAUGAGAUUGAGUGGACAGACUCAGAAAGCAAGGAGGAGGAAGAGGAAGAUGAGGAACUGUCUCACACACACCACGAAAAUGUCAGAAAGGAAACGCAAUAUGGUAACCUGACAAAUGACCAAUUAUACAUUUGUUGUUUCUUUUUUUAUGUUUUAUUUCCAUUUUGUUGUCUCCACAAUGAAACUCCAUGCAUUGGCUGGGAGAUCCAAAAAGAACAAGUAGUGGUAAAUGAUGAAGUCGGAUGUGCAAGUUGAAAAGAUUUCCACCCAAAUUGCAUGCCUCCAUAUCUAUGUAUUUCUCCACCCAACUCACCUCCAGGUCCAUGGUCCCACCCAAAUCACAUCCCCUGCCACCUCACCUGGAGCUCAGUGCUGCUCAGGGUCCAGACCGAAACCACAGCCACACGCCUGUGUGUUGCCACACUCUGCCGCUUCAUUCGCUCAGCCCUGAGCCUCUUUCAUUUCUGAUUGGCCAAUCAUGGUGACACCACCCGAUGGUGUGACAUAUAUGCACUAAGUGGCUGGUCUUUGUUUACCUGUCAAAGUAUCAGGGCGUCCUGCUGUGGGAGAAGUGAUAGCCAUGAGGCGAGUGCGAGCGAGUGAACACACGACAGACAGUCAUAACACUAACUCCACAUGUGCUCUUUCGUCCCCUCACCUAUGCACUAUUAAUUUUUAAUAAGGGAUGAACAGUAUUGCACAUCGAUGGUCAGAUGAGCGAUUAGAGAAGUGAAUCGAGGCUGGCUGCCACGGCAGGAAUGUGGCUGUGUUGACAUUCGAGUCUAGGCCCUGAAACAUGCAGCACACAUACGCACACGCUCACAAACUAACACGCUCACGCUUGCAUACAGUACAUACAGACCAUCCUCUCUAGAAUAGUCUGUCAAACAACCACUCACAAUAUCAUAUUGUUAUUAUUCAUAGACAUGGAAUUUAAUUUACAGGAAUGCACACGCAGCAUCAGCUUCAUAUUAUUAGCUUUCAUUUUGUUUGUAGGUGUUUUCUUGCGUUUUUUUUUUUUUUUC